CUGUUAACUGUACAGACGGCUGAGCUGGUCGUUUACCAGCAGUGUGUCAUGAUAGUGGUAAAAACUCAAAACACAAACUUCAGCUGCUGGAUUUUCAACAUUGACGUCGCGCCAGCAUUAAAAACACAAAAUCAAUUCAUUCUAACGAGAUCACUGAAUUCUCUGGUGAACAUUGAACCGCUGUCACAACAAACCGUCCAGUGGUUGAAGAAGACGCUCAGAUGAGUUGCUCUUCCUAUGUGGUCCUGCCGGGUCUGAACCAGGUGGAUUUAAACAGGUGAACUGUGUUACAGGGAGUCCGAGCCGAGCGUCGCACAGUUCCAGCGAGAGUCUCAGCAUCUCCUCCAGGUUCCUCUCCCAGAAUUCAGCUGGAAGUCGGACUGUGCUUCCUCUCCCAUCUCGGACCACCGGGGGAGGAGGAGAGGUGAAGGCCCAUCCUCGGGUCUCAGAGGUCCGACCUCUGAUGGAGCAGAACCAGAACCGGACCCAGGACAAGAGGGUGUCAUGGAACCAUGACCAAAUCCAAAAACCUAUCCAGGAUCAGAUCCCCCCACUUCAAGAUCAGGUACAGUUCCAGAACGGAACAAACCAGGACCAAACACGGCUUCCUCAGGUGGGGAACCAGAUCCAGCAGGGUACAGAUCAGCUGCAGAGCCGGGUGGAGGAGGAGACCUCCUCAAUCCAGCACCGGCCAUCCCCUCUUAAGAAGAAGGUCCAAACUGUGGUGGAGUCCAGGAGGAACCUGGGCCCGACAGCCCGGGCUGCCGCCUCCCAUCUGAACUCCUCCUCCGGACUGCGGAAGGCUCAGUCAGUCCAGAACCUGCUGAGCGACGCAGGUGAGUCCUCUCGUCUGUCCAGGGAGGUCCCCCCUCAGCAGCUCCUCCCCCCACAACGUCCCACCACCCUCCCCUCCUCCCCCAGACGCCCCCCAUCCACAGCCCCGCCUCCCCAGAGACCAAGCCCCGCCUCUCCCCGGUCCCCCCUGCAGGAAACAGCCGCCGCUCCGCCUGCUCUCAGCACCCCGAGGAAGUCUUCGUCGUCCUCCUCUUCCACGCCGGCGGUGUCUCGGUCCUACAUGAGCCCCACCGCCAGCUCCAUGGCCAAGAUGUCCCGCUCCGUCUCUGUGGGCGACGGCCUCAACAUCUCCGACCCCGAGGAUCCCGCAGUGACAUCAUCGGCGGCAACAGAAAACUCCUCCUCUCAGGUCAAAGAGACUCCGCCUCCUCUUGUUGCUGUGGUGCCCUCCAACGCAGCUCUGGCCACGCCCCCCCACGUUGCUGUUGUCCCCGUUGUGGUCGCCUCCUCCUCCAGUCUGGGUAACCAGGUGGCCCCUCCCCCCCGCGGUCUCCAGGCUCGGGUCCCCUGCAGCAGCAGGCCGCUGCCCGACAAGCCCUCCCUCGCCUCCUUCUCACCAUCCACCUCCUCGUCUUCCUCUUCGCGGCCUCCUCCGGUCUCCAUCUCCCCCGUAACUCCCGGCCGGCAGGGGGAGGAGCCUCAGACUCCUGCAGGUGGCAGCGGCGAGGAGCAGAGAGGCGACGCAGACCAGCCAAUCAGUGUGGAGACCUGCAGAGCUCUGACCAAUGAGCUGCAGAGCUGCUUCAAGAGGGCGACACACCUGUACAGGAAGGUGAGCGGCUCCUCCGCCGAAGACUCCGCCCCCGACCAGCGUCAGAUGGCUGUCGUCCUAUCAGAGGCCUUCCAGGCAAUGAGGGCGGAGCUGGACUGUCUGCCGCUGGGCGCGCCGAGCCUGCUGCGAGUGGAGGGGGGGCUGGAAGGGGUGGGGGAGGUGAAGACGGCGGCUCUGCUGGAGGAGUACUCUCUGCUGCUGCUGCAGGCCGUUCACAGGAGGAUCAGUACCCACAAUGCCGAGUGACUGAACGCUCUUCAUCUCCCUCCUCCUCACAGAUGAAGGAUCUGAAGCCAUUUUGAUUUUCUCUGGACUUUUAUUCCUUUGUUAUGCAAGAAUCCCUCGUCUUAAAGGAACGGCGCGUCGAAUCGUCCGACCGACGUCUGAAGUUUUUAAAGACGUUUUUCCGACUGACUCGUGGGUGUUUUUCCUUUUUCAUUCCCGCCGUUCGUUUGGAGGGAACCACAACGAUUGAACGGGUUAUUGAUUACUGUUAUAGAAACCUUGAUGUUAGCGUGUAGAGAGUUUUUACAGGAGCAGCAUGAACGUUACAGACUGCAGGUGUGACUUUACUUUCUGUUUGUAUUUAUUCUGUCAGACUACUGAACGCCUGAACUUUACACACUGACUGUCAUGUUUUUCUAAAAUCAUGGAUUUAAAGUCAUUUUUAACUAACCGAUGUACAUUUUAUAUUGUGGGAGAAUCACUUGAAGGGGCUGGCUGGGUUUAACUUUGGGGUUCGGUUGUUUCUACAGUUUGUUUUAACUUUCUCACAAAGUUCAGUUUGAAAUGCUUCCUGUUUUUUGUCAAUCUGUAAUAAAAGUUUGAGACUUA